GUCGUAUGCCUGCGGAUUUUUACGUCCUUGCGCAUCCGUUCAUCACGGCCUUGACUUUUCCCCACUUUGAGGUGCCAUCGGGACACAACCCUGCGCCUGCGUGGCUGCAGUUGCCACCAUGGUGCCUCGCUCGGUACCGCUAGAUGGCGCUGCAGUACCUUUAUAAAUUCUUGGCGCCUUCCGUAGCGCUGCCACCUUUUAUUCUUCGUGACCAGCCCGAUGCAACACCACCGCAAAUAUCCAAGUGGGCGGACGCUCGUGCCCCGAAGUGAUGUUUGCGCGCAUCAAACGGCUGGUGUUGUUGGAGUCCUCUGCUUCGAGUCCGGCGUUGCCUCGGAUGACUACUACCGCGGCGCCCAACGUAGGCCACACCCACUCUUGAUCUUCAGGCGUCACACUCGGAUAUCCUUUGCGUGGAAUACCCCCAGCAAGUUCCCUUGCAAAUCUUCCAGCUCGUAUGCGUUGGUGCCGAUGGAUUUCCUUACGCGAGCUUUUAGAAAUUUCCGCGCGAAUUUCGCAUUGAACGCGCGGCUGAAAUCACUCAAUGCAAAGUUUCGCCGGUAUACCUCCUGGCCGGGCGCUAGUCUUAGCCGCCGCGCACGCCGGUUAUAGCGAACGCUACUGCGCUCAUACGCCGCAUGCAAUUGUGCCUGGAUUUUCUGUUGCAACAGGGAUUGCCUGUCUGCUGUACUCAACGCUGCGAAUUCGUGCUCGUCUAAGGACCUUAAUUUCCUCGCCAAUCGGUACUGCGAACCGUGCAACAUCAUAUGUCGGCCGAAUAGUGCGAAAAAAGGCGUUACUCCAGUCGCAGAAUGCACGCUGUUUCUGAUGGCCACUUCAA